CGAAAAGAAGUGUCUUAUAUUAUCUGCAGAUUAUUUCAUCAUGAGGAGUUUAUUCCAAAAUUUGAUAGGCUACUUGUUUUUGGUUAGCUGCUCAUCAGCCAAAGAUGUUCCAGCUUUUUUUACUUUCGGUGAUUCCAUGGUUGAGGUGGGAAACAACAACUAUCUUCAAACCUUAGCAAAGGCGAAUGUUUCUCCCUUUGGAAUUGAUUUUGGAAAGCCAACUGGACGAUUUACAAAUGGGAGAACAAUUUUCGACAUUCCUCGUAUAAGAAUUUUCUGUGCUGUUUGCAAUAAUUUUAGAGAGAUAUGGACGUACAGUUGAUUUACUUUUUUCUUACUUUGUUUUUGACAGAACAGGUUUUGGGUUUUAAAAAUUUCACCCCUCCUUACUUGGCACCAACUACAGUUGGAGACAUGCUUCUACAGGGUGUCAAUUAUGCUUCUUCUGCUGCUGGAAUUUUCAACAUUACUGGAUUUUACUUUGCAAAUAAGUUACCAUGGGAGAACUACGGCAGCUAUCAAGUAAAGGAUUGGUAUUCCUGCGGCUCAGAAACUGUUGAGAAAAGCAAUCUAAGCGGUUAACAUUGGUAUUAACGAUGUACAGAUAAUGGAGGCAGCAGCCUUUGCUCUGUCACAAGAUACGUAUUUGGAUCGCUUGAUUUCAACGCUCAGAUUAGAACUUGAGACACUCUACAACUUGGAUGCUAGGAACAUUAUUUUCAGCAACGUCGGACUCAUUGGAUGUAUCCCGUUUCAGAAAGGUUUACAUCUAGUUGCAAAGGGAAGUUGUGCAGGAAAACUAAAUCAGUUGGCGGAGAAAUAUAACGAGAAGUUGAAGAUCCUACUCGAGAAGCUUAACAUAGAUCUCGAAGGGGCAAACUUUAUUUAUGCAGAUACAUACCGAAUGUUACAAGAUAUCACCCAAAAUUAUGUGUCAUAUGGGUUUGAGAAUGCAAAUUCUGGAUGCUGCUCAAUGGAUGGGCUUGGAGGGGGAAUAAUCCAUGUCAGGGAUGGUUUAAAUUUUGUCCAGAGAGAUCAAAGUAUUGCUGAAAUGUAAUCUUGUCUUGGCCCAAGACAAUUGAUCCGGUCCAUACACAAAGAAAGAUCCAUGCACAAGCUAGAGAAUUCUAGCAAAGUUCAAGUUGGUGGAAGAGUCUAGAAGAAUGGUGAGGAUUCCACCAACAUACAAG